CUGGCUGGCUCUAGUUGGUGUGUGCCACAAAGGGAGAGAGGGGGGGGGAUUAUAGUGCCAAAAAGGAAGAAGCAAUGUUUGAAGGGGGGACGAAACGAGAGGGCAAAGCAAAACGAGAGGCGGAAGUGUUUUGUGAUGGAAUACUAUAGUAGCUAGUAGUUUUAUAGAGGAGAGGUUGUGUUUGUUUGGUGGGUAAAAAAAAGGGGGGAGGCUGGUUGGUGGUUGAGAGGAGAGGAGAAGAAAAUGUUCACCCCUUUCUUUCAUUUCUCCGUCAUUUUCGCCCCCCAAUCCUUUUUUUAAUUUUUAAGCUUUUUUUUCUUUCUCUAAUAUUAGCUCCAAAUUUUGCCUGCAGCAAAAUUUAGCAUUAAAAUUGGUAAUUAUCCAUUUUUAGUCUUUAAUGCUUCUUUGCCUAUCUUUUUCGCUUUAAAAAUGUUUUCCCCAAAAAUGUUUUCCUUGAAAAUAUUUCUGAUGUUUGUAUUUUCCCUUAAAAAUGUUUGUGUGAAUGUUUGAAACAAAUAAUAUGAAUAUUUUCUCAUGUUUUUGUUUCUUGUGUUUUGUUUUUGUUAUGUUUAGAAUUUUGUAUUUCUCAUGUUUUUCCAAGUAUUUUCUCACAAACACCAUUAGGGAAUUGUUUUCCGAACAAAUUUUAAUAAAAACAUUUUCCGGAAAUGUUUUAAUGUUCUUCCGGAAAAUGAUGUUUUUGUUUUAUUUUUAUAGUUCUCCGUAAAAUGUUUGUCGAUUAUUUUUUUAAACAUUCCGGAAUUGUUUUCCAACAAACAUUAAAACAUUUCCGGGGAAUGUUUUUGCUAAAAUUUGUUUACGGAAAAUGUGUUUCUACUUUAAUUUGUUCGGAAUGCUAACUUUGUUUUGAUUUUAUGUGUUUCCUGAAAAUGUUUAUAAAAUUAUUUGUUUAUUUUAUUUUUAUAUUUUGUGUUUUCUUUGUGUGUUUUUAUGUGUUUUCCUUUGUGUUUUUAAUUUUUCUAGUUGACUUAACUAUACUUUUUUAAUUCUUCCAAUAUUCAUCCCAAAAUUAAUAACGUCUCUCUCGUCUCCCUAAAAGUUGGGGUAAAAUAAAUUUUUAUGGUCCAUAGGAAAUUUAAUCAAGAAUGCCUUUUUCUGUGAACGUGUAAGAAACGGAAAAACGACAACAGCUAACCCAAAGGGCAACAACAAAAAAACAAACUUUGUAAAUUCUAUAAAAAGGUUAUAGAGAAAAAGGCAAAAAUGACUGG